AUGAUGAGCUGCCUGUCUCUUAGCCUUUCUUAUAAAAAUACCCCUAUACGGCGUUCACCUAUGACUCCCAAAAGCCCAUGUAGAAGCCCCAAUCGCAGGUUCUAUAGUCCUGGCUGCUGUUCUUCUUAAACUGGGUGGGUACAGUAUAAUACGUAUAAUAGUCAUACUGGACCCGCUAACCAAGGAGCUAGCAUAUCCAUUUAUUGUCCUAGCCCUUUGGGGUAUUAUUAUAACCGGAUCCAUUUGCCUGCGUCAAACGGACCUGAAGUCACUGAUCGCUUACUCCUCAGUAGGACACGGGGUUGGUCGCAGGGGGUAUUCUAGUUCAGACACCCUGGGGAUUUACUGGCGCAAUUAUCCUUAUGAUUGCACACGGUCUUGCCUCCUCAGCACUAUUCUGCCUGGCUAAUAUAAGCUACUUACGGACACAUAGCCGGACAAUACUUCUAGCCCGAGGGAUACAAAUAAUUCUCCCCCUGAUGACCACCUGAUGAUUUGUAACCAGUUUAGUCAAUCUAGCCCUUCCACCUCUUCCUAAUCUAAUGGGAGAGCUAAUAAUCAUCACCACCAUAUUCAACUGAUCGCAUUGAACUCUUCUCCUCACAGGGGUCGGAACACUAAUUUACAUUUACAUUUACAUCAUUUAGCAGACGCUCUUAUCCAGAGCGACUUACAGUUAGUGAGUGCAUACAUUUUUCAUACUGACCCCCCGUGGGAAUUGAACCCACAACCCUGACGUUGCAAGUGCCAUGCUCUACCUAAUUACGGCCAGCUAUUCCCUUUUUCUAUUUCUAAUAACCCAACGGGGGCCCCUGCCUUCUCAUAUUAUUGCUCUUGAGCCCACCCACACCCGUGAACACCUGCUCAUCACCCUGCACCUUAUUCCCAUCAUCCUCCUAAUCCUCAAACCGGAAUUUAUAUGA